UAUGCUCAUAGCGCUAUUUUAAUUCAAAACUGCUGGUGAGGAUAUGUAUUUCUCAUGGAUAAACGGGAGUGCGGCAGAUGUUGUGUCCAGUGCUCUGAGAACCUUAAGGAGUACAGGCUAAAGGACAUGCAUGAAGCUUAAAAAAGAACAGAUCAUUUCUUCUGCUUAUUCUAACAAAUGGGAUAUAUCAGAGAAGAUGUCUUUUCACACUUUUGGGCAGUGAAACGGCAAGUAGAAAGACUUAAAUGUUUACUUCUUUCCCGAUGAAAUGAUGAAGUCAUUAAAUGGCAGUGAACUUGUGCCGGAAAGUGGAAAAUGUGAUAAAAUGUGCAUGCAUCAUAAUGAAUUGAGGGAACGUCUGACUGUAAUUUGAAAUCAUGCAGGGACACAGCAAAUCAAACACUGCAAAUGAGUUUUCUUCUUCGUUGAUAUGGGUAUUUUUUUUCUCCUAUACAAAUAAUAAUGUUGAGCACUAGAGGCUUGAUUUGAAUUUACUCCAGUCUCCAAUCAAAUUUGCUGCUGCUUAAAGCCAGCUGAAGAUUAUACUGCUCCUGUGAUUUUUUUGUUGUUGCUGUUGAGCUUGUAAGGAUGGCCUGAUCUUCAGUGGACGUCUGAGUGUAUACUUGUUUUCCUUCUGCAAACCAAAGGAGCUGUAAAAAAGAAACCUUUUCUCCAUUCCCCCUCAUGGAAAAUCUCUCUAUAUACAAUGUAACAGUCAAUGUGUUGCAUGUAGAUCUAGAUGUGGGAAGCUCAGAUUAUAGCCUCCGUGCCCUGACUGGAUUGCUUCUAUCUCUGCUCAUCCUGUCUACCCUUCUGGGCAACACUCUUGUGUGCCUAGCAGUCAUCAAGUUUAGACACCUGCGAUCAAAGGUAACCAACUUCUUUGUGAUUUCUUUGGCCGUUUCAGACCUCUUUGUGGCUUUGUUGGUGAUGCCCUGGAAAGCAGUCACUGAGGUCGCUGGGUAUUGGCUCUUUGGUGCCUUUUGUGACACUUGGGUUGCUUUUGACAUCAUGUGCUCUACUGCAUCCAUCCUCAAUCUCUGUAUCAUCAGUCUGGACAGAUACUGGGCCAUUGCAAGCCCAUUCAGAUAUGAAAGAAAAAUGACACAAAGAGUGGCUUUUAUUAUGAUUGGCGUAGCCUGGACUUUAUCUAUUCUGAUAUCAUUCAUACCUGUCCAGCUUAGCUGGCAUAAAUCCCAGGAGGCAGACAAGGAACUAAAAGCCAUAAAUCAUACAGAGAACUGUGAUUCCAGCCUGAAUCGGACAUACGCCAUAUCCUCUUCACUUAUUAGCUUCUAUAUACCUGUUGUUAUCAUGAUUGGUACAUACACCAGGAUCUACAGAAUUGCUCAAACGCAAAUAAGGAGAAUUUCCUCUUUAGAAAGAGCCGUGGAGCAUGCACAGAGUGCUCAUCCCGACUGUGUUAAUGAAAACUCACUGAAAACUUCUUUUAGGAAGGAGACCAAAGUACUAAAGACCUUAUCCAUCAUCAUGGGGGUCUUUGUUUUCUGCUGGCUUCCAUUUUUUGUCCUCAACUGUAUGAUCCCUUUCUGCCAUAUGAGUCUUCCAGGUCAAAAUGAACCAGAGCCCCCAUGUGUUAGUGAAACUACAUUUAAUAUAUUUGUGUGGUUUGGAUGGGCCAACUCAUCACUGAACCCUGUUAUUUAUGCUUUCAAUGCUGACUUCAGGAAAGCCUUUACUACUAUCCUGGGAUGCAAUAGAUUCUGCUCAAGCAACAACGUAGAGGCUGUCAAUUUCAGCAAUGAACUAGUGUCCUACCACCACGACACAACUUUUCAGAAGGAUAUCCCUGUCACCUUCAAUAAUUCUCACCUCCCCAAUGUAGUGGACCCAGACCAAGAAGUCUUAGAAGCAACGUGUUUUGACAAAGUUUCAGUUCUAUCUACUUCACAUGGGACCAGAAGUCAGAAGAAUUUGCAUUUGCCUGCUGGUGUUCAGUUUGAAUGCGAGGCAGAAAUUACUUUGGAGACUAUUACCCCAUUUACAUCUACUGGACCCCUUGAAUGUCUCCCACAGCUAGUUGCUGAUGAGGAUAGACAAUAUACCACAAAACUCUACUAAACCAAUGUUAGCUGCCUAUUGAAGCAUGUGUUACAAAUACUGUUAUAGUGUCUGUUAACAACAUAGCAUCGGAAAUAAAAUAUGUUUAUAUGGAAACAAGCUCACUGGUAAGAUAAUAAACUAGAAAUGAAUAAAUGCAUUGUUUCACAUAGCAAUUACUUUACAAUUGGUUGGAUAGAUUGGACAUUAUUGAACUCAUAAACAGUAUAGCUGUGCCUAUUUAAAUGUAGCUUUCUUUGUAUAACCUGUCUAAUGUGUGUAUAACUGCAAUAAGAACACCCUAUAUAGGGUAACUGAUGAAUGAUGACACUCAGCUCAGGGAUUCGACUCAAUGCACCAAUAACACACAUUUUUCCAGUGGCAAGAUAUUAUUCAACCCAUUAAAUUACUUUGUUCAAUA